CAGCUUCUGUACCUUCGUAUUCUUCUACUUCAACCAGUUCUUCACUCUUAACGAGGAACCGCUGUCUUCGCCCCGCAGCAUCGACAUCCUUCUCCGCCAGUAUUCUUUACACCUACGAACUACCUACCCAUUGCAUCUGUAUCGCACCUAGGUGCUAUCUCCUUCUGGUUCUCUACUGUCGUUCAGCAUUAAUCUUGUACAUUCACCGCCAUUCUUACCCUAACUUCUGCACUCCUACGUGUAUACCAUGCCUGUAUCACAUCUGGGCCUUACAGUAACUCACAUUCCAAGCGCAACUUCGUUCUAUCUGGCUGCUCUUCAACCUCUUGGCUAUCGCUUCAUUGGACACCAGGGAAACUCCAUAGGCCUAGGCGUCGAUUCUGCAGACUUCUUCAUCACACAGGCGCACAUUAACACACGACCUUCUCCAAACCACAUUGCAUUCUUAGCCGAGAACAGAAACGUGGUGCGAGACUGCUAUAGUGCAGCAUUACAUGCUGGUGGUCGUCCGAGCGGCGCUCCAAACUAUCGUAAUGAGGAUUGCACUUGUUUCAAUGCUGCGGUCGAAGACCAUGACGGCAAUACGAUAGAGUUCAUUUUCCGCCAGCCACAUACUGCAGGAGCUGGCUGUGGUGAGGCAGCGCCGGCUGAGAAUGAUCACGUCCAAAAAUGGCGAGAGGGCGUUGAGGACGAAGAUGUCGAAGAGGAUGCACAUUCCGUCGCAAAAUCAAUGGGCUCCAAAGCAUCUACCGCAAAGUCUCGACUGCAAACUGCAAUGAGCCUUGCCAAGUCGACGUCGCAAUCCGUCAAGUCUGGAGCGCCACCGCAGGGCGUAUCAGGUGGUACUACGACGCCUUCAAGUUCGGGCUUCUCAUCGAAAGCAAUCCUUGGGACUGCACUGGGUGCUGCAGCAGGUGCUGCGCUCAUGUUCGCCCUGACCCGUGAAGAGGCAAAGAAUGCAAAAGAGGAGGCUGACCAUCUCGCCUUCAUGUCAUCACGAUCAACACCCCGAUCAAUGCCCCCGAUGCACGAAAGCCAACCAACACCGCCACCACCUCGAGCAGAGACGAUGCCACCAUCACUUCCAGCUCUAUCACAGGCACCCAAGUCUGAGUUCAAAGAUAGUCGAAGGCUUCACCACAAUUACAGCACCACAGAAUCUGCAUACAGUCGCCCGGUCCCGCGCUCAACUCAGGCGAUGCGCAUGAUCCAGGAAACUGGCCACAACGACGAUGGUGAAAUUUACGAAAACCUCCCUCGCUAUACACACCUCCGACCGCAUCCCACACGAAGUCAUACUGUCGAUGGUUCGACAGAGUACCUUCCAGAAUAUAUUCCGGCCAAGUCUAAUGCCGGUAGCCGCAUCAAGCGAGCAAGCACGUUGCCAAUAGACGAUGAGGUCGACCGACCAGACUAUUACCUGGAAGCGCCGAAAAGUACGGUCUCGAAGCACAGCAGUCGCCAUGGUAGCGAUAGAGAUGACCACAAAUCUUCAGUCUCGAAGCACAGCAGCCGCCAUGGUAGCGACAAGGAUGACCACAAAUCUUCAGUCUCUCAUCGUUCUCGCGCCAGUGUGGAGGAUGCAGAGAGGCUCAAGCGUCAUGAUAGUGGCAUCAGCGUGCACUCCUCCCGUUCGCACCGAGAUCGAGGCAGUGAAGCCGGCACAAGAUCGUCGGCAAGCACUAUUCGACCCUCUCGCCGAGCUUCCGAUUCCAUCCCAUUCCCGCCACCACCCAUUGGUAAUCACGCUCCAUCUCACGCAAGCAGAGCUGGUAGCUCGUGCUACCAUCCUGCGGCCAUCUCCCUACCUCCUUCAGCCGCUUCUUCGAGCAGAGAGGAUCCUGACGUGGAAGUCAAGCCUUCGAAAAGUCGAAGAAGCAAAUCCCCUCCACCAGUCCCAGCAAAGCCAUACAUUCACGAGCGCGACUCCGUGCUCCAGAGCUGGGAAAAUUUCGAAGCUGAGGAUUCUGAUGGAUUGGGGGAUGUCAAGACUGUGCUUCCAGAGGACAGCAUAUCGUGUGUGGAUCUGAGUAGGCCAAGAAGGCAUCGAAGAAGUCACCAUCACUCUAGUAAGCACUCGAGUAGUGGAAGACACAGCAGAAGUGGAAGAAGUGAAGCUGCUAGUGAGAGGACUGUUCGACCGGCUGAGAAGGAGAGAAAGGGAAGUCUGCUUGGUAUUCCGAUUAGGAGCAAGGAUGGAAGGUUUAGUUUUGUCUGAGACUUUGUUGCUGGGAUCAGUGCUCUAUUCUAUUCCAGAGUGAUAUACCGGCGCAGAGACGACGGCCUGCUUGCUGUUUUCAUGGGAGGUGAUCUCUGAGCAUAUGCGCCAAGACCUCAAUCAAAUGCUUCCAUCAAAAUUUGAC